AUGCCUUUAAUUUUACUAUCUGGUUUCCCAUCUAGUGGUAUGACUACCAUUGCUGAGAGAUUGGUUACAUUAUUACAAGAACAAAUCGAUAAUACACCAGCAUUACAACAGAAACAUUACUCGAUUGUUGUACAUAGUGAUGAGUCUCUGGGGAUAACGCAUAACGAUUAUAAGACCUCUCAGGAUGAAAGAAAAUUACGUUCAAGGAUCACAUCUGCGGUGAGAAGAGAUCUCAGUAAAAAUAAGAUUGUUAUUGUGGAUUCAUUGAAUUACAUUAAAGGUUUUAGAUACCAAUUACAUUGUGAAGUGAAAAACAUCGGAACUUCCUUCUGCUUGAUACAGACUAUGUGUCCAGUGGAUACAGUGAAGGAAUGGAAUGCAAAUAACAAAUUACCUUGGGAUGAAUCUCUAUUGAUGGAAUUGAUUCAAAGGUAUGAAGAACCUAAUUCUCAGAAUCGUUGGGAUUCUCCUUUAUUCCCAGUUUUCACCCCGACAGAUAAGAUUGAUACUUUGUUUCCAGAAAUCUCUACAAUCGUCUUCCAAUUAUCUAAGAAUGGUAGUGGUGCUUCAAUAAAUAAUGGUGCUUCUAAUGAUAGUUCAGUGACUGGGUUAGCAAGACCUACUAGUGCCACUGUGCUAAAACCAGCCCAAAAAUCGAAUUAUUUACAAAUUUUAGAUAAUGAAACUUCACAAGUUGUAAAAUUAAUUGUGAACACAAUUAAAUCAAACGAAUCCAUUGGUGGUUCAUCUCAAGGUGUUAGGUUGUUAGUGAACGGGACAGAUAUUGAUGAGCCUGGUUGUUAUUAUAUUGAUCUUCCACUAUACAAUUUAACAUUACCAAAAUUGCAAAGAUUAAAGAGACAAUUUGUUAUGUUAUACAAAUUAAGAAAUCUGGAAACUGACAGAAUUGUUCCAUUAUUCACCGAUUAUUUGAAUAAACAAUUUAACGAAUAA